AUGGCCUCCCUCUUCUCAUCUCUCUUCAGCAGGGCCCCUCAGGUGCCUGAGAAUGUGCCCUUCUUCCCCUACAAGAUAGCAGACAACCCCUACCAAUGCAAGAAAACAUGGCCUCCGGACUUCACCAAGCUCUCCCAGAAGCAUCAAUUCCGCCUGGAAAGACGCUAUAGGCGUCGAGCAAAGCUGAAGUGGGCACGACCGAACUGGACCAAGGGAGUCAAGCUUGCUCAAUGGGGCAGCAUCGUCUUCGUCUGCGUUUAUGGAGUGCUAUUUCUGGACGUAGGCGAUGGCGGCACACCAUUUGAUGGCAUUCGUAAAACAUUUCGAGAGCAGAUGGGCGGCGGCGGCGGCUCCCAACAGGCAAACACAAAAGCUGCUAGAGAUCUUAGCCCUACCGCCAACCAGCCAUCUUGA